GCAGAAGCCCAAGCGGCAUAAACCAAACUAUACAGCCAAGUUUUAUGCGAUAAAAAUGUCCACCGCGGCACCGCACUACUCCGGCUGAUCCGCUGUGUUUACAGUGAGGGUCGUAUGGAGGCAGUGUUGAAGAAUGUGGCCAACGUGGUGGAGCUACUGGCCGUGGCAGCCUGGAGCAGCGAGGUGGAGCUGUGGGACAGUCUAACGCUGUCCAGAGCUUUCCAGUGGGCCUCCUAUUGCGAGCACAUCUUCUCCCGGUUCCACACUAACCAGGCCAUACAGAAGGCGAUCGAUUUGGAGUUACGGAUGACUAACAGUCGUUUGCAAAGUGUCUUCUCAGACUAUACUCCUGUGUCCUUCACUGAUUUAUCCCAGAGUCAACACUUGCUCCUCACCGGGCUCUUGAAGAACCCUAAAAUUUCCAUGUCCCUUAUGAAGACUCUGUUUGAUGACUCUCAUCCUGUCAACAAGAAGAAUGAAAACGGCCCCGAAGUGACAGGCAUGUGCAGCAAAAUAAUUCAGUGCAAAUGUGCCUGCAAGAUCCUGAAGCCUCUGACGGACACGUCGGGUGUCGGUGCUGAUGCUGAGGUGCAGGGGGCGAUGCUGAUGGAGAGGCUGCACACCCUUCUGAGCAAAGGCAGUGAAGCCUGCUGGAUACAACACUUUUUAGACUCCGUCCUCCUGGGAUCCAAACCAGAACAUUUCUGUCAGGUCAUUGCUGCAGCUCUGCUGACAGUGAAGUCUCCUGAUGCACAGUCUGAUUCAGUGGAUUUUCUUUUAGACUGGCUCAGGCAAAAGCCCACUCUGCUGCAGCACAUGUGCACAGUGCUGCCUGCUCCUCUUCUUAAAGACCUCACCAAAGAACACCUGGGAUUUAGACACGCACACCUGGCUGUUUUAAAGAAAUGGACCUCAGAUAUGGAGUAUGAUAUAAAUGCUGGUGAGUGGGUUGCAAGCAGCACAGAUCCCACAGUGACUCUGAAGACACUGGCAGGGCACUUUCUGGCUUUGAUUGACAGUUGCCCGUCUUUGGCGAAGACAGUCUCUGAUGAACUCACAGCUUUAAAGGUUUCGGAUGGAGAUUAUAAUGUGAAAGGUUUGAGUGUUUGGGGCGACCUCUUGUCUGAGUUACAACAAAGUACAUCCUCUACCUUUUGAGUUGUGUCAUGAUGUCAAUGUAAUAUUUUUAAAUGUCAAUGUUGUGUUUUAAUAUCAAUGAAAUAAGUCAUAAUACUGCUGUGGACACAGGGAAUAGGGCCGUAUUGUUGGCAUAUCUAUCGCCCUGCUUGUGUAGAAGAAAAAGAAAGGCAAUGGCUCCAUCUGAAUCGUUCUGUAUUCUGUAUCUCAAUCUGAUGUUUUCAUGGUGACCUUCAAGCUCUCCCAGAUGCCUAUU